AUGGUGGGCGUGCCGCGAAGUAAAGGCUGCGCAGCCUGUCUCCAGCGACGCGUCAAGGUGGGUGAAGACGAUUUCGUAUCUUGGCGGCACUCAAGCAAGGGGACUCACUGUCAAUCACAGUGCGAUGAAACGCACCCGGCGUGCCAUGCCUGCCAACGGAGAGAUACCCAGUGCCCAGGAUAUGCUCGAGAGCGCAAGUUUUACUACCACCGGUUUUCAGAGCCAUCCCCUCAGCCUCGGAACGCCAGCCAGCACGCCGUGGUUUCCCUGCAUCGGGGGCAGAAACAGUCCUUGGACUCGCCGAUAGAUGGAAAAUGCGCGCCGGGCUUGGUGGCGGGAGCCAUCGACCAGCUGUAUCGAGAGGGGUUCUGUGCCUUUGUUCAUACAAGCUUCUAUGGUCAAUUCCAUGGAUAUCGAACUCGGGUCGACGCGAACUGGUUCGAUGUGGCUCGGGACUCCACUGGUAGGUUCGGCCAUACGGUGGGCUGGGCUCUCCGCAGCCUGGGGUCGUUGCAAAUCGGCCGACGGCAGGGGGAUCAGAGACAGCUGGCCGCCAGUCGCGAGAUGUAUGGCCAGGCAUUGCGACAGCUCGCGCGGCUGCUCAGUAAACCCUCCUCGGCUUUGACGGACGAGACCCUGAUGGCGGCCACCCUCCUUGGAGUGUAUGAGUUGGUGAAUCGCACUGGCCAGCAACCGUGGCUACUGCAUUCUCGGGGCAUCUCCCAUCUCUUCCGGAUCCGGGGACCCCAGGCACAUAUCCGUGGGCUAGGUCGGACAGUGCUGGUCUCCAUCCGGAGCUUUCUGGUGUUUGAAGCGCUCAGUCGAGGCGAAAGAUGUCUCUUGGGAGACGAAGAAUGGAGGUCAAUCCUCCCAGACACUCUCAAAGCGGACCAGCAGAGGGGCAGAGCGAGUCACCUAGGUGAGUUGAUUGACCGUGCCUUCAAUGAAGUUGCUCUUGUCCCGGGAUUUCUCGCCAACGUCAGAGCUCUGGCCGAUUCUCAUACCACAGACGGUGCCACACGACAGCAGCUGGUCCAUCGCAUCGCGGGCUGCCGAACAACACUUGGUGAUCUGGAAAUGCAGCUGUCCGUGGGAACCUACCGUCCGGAGUUCGUCGGCCCUAUUUCCGUCCCGGUCGCGAAGCUGUUGGUCCAGGCCUCCUGCGAAGGGAUCGAACUGGCUCGCGCUCUGCUUCAGCAACUGUUGGUAGUACUUGAGCGCGAUCCUUCCCGAGGAACAGCCAUCCCAGCACCUUCAGACGGCGAGGACCCCUGGGAUAUCUUUCAGAAUCAGACUGCGAUGAUGCUCCUGGCGCGAGAACGCCGUAGUCUGCAGCCGGCACGGCCCCAGGGGCACCAGAGCCAGGCUGGGACAUGGCUCGAUCGGGUCUCUAUGUCAAUGGGAAUGGUGCUGCCUGAGAACGCGCCAAUGUGA